CGCCUCCCUCCACUCCGCUUCCGCUUCCGGGUGAGGCGGCCGUCAUGUCGGCGCUGGCGGCCAACCCCAACAACCCCGUGGUGUUCUUCGAUGUCACCAUCGGCGGGCAGGAGGUGGGCCGCAUGAAGAUCGAGCUGUUUGCUGAUGUCGUGCCCAAAACCGCGGAGAACUUCAGGCAGUUUUGUACCGGUGAAUUCAGGUAUGCGAGUUAUUUUUUCCUUUUGCCCACAUUCUCAGACACACUGGGCUGGGUGCUUGGAACGAUGACCCACUUGGAAGUUUUCCUCACUGUAUUGCUGUGCAAUGGAAGAGUUUCAGAAAUCUCUGAUGAAAGCACGCCUGGCUCAGAAAGACGGUGUCCCCAUAGGUUAUAAAGGAAGCACUUUCCACAGGGUAAUAAAGGAUUUCAUGAUCCAAGGAGGUGACUUUGUAAACGGCGAUGGCACAGGAGUAGCCAGUAUAUAUAGGGGGCCUUUUGCAGAUGAAAACUUCAAGCUGAAACACUCUGCUCCUGGCCUGCUUUCUAUGGCAAACAGUGGCCCAAGCACUAACGGGUGUCAGUUUUUCAUCACGUGCUCCAAGUGUGACUGGUUGGAUGGAAAACACGUUGUGUUCGGUAAAAUCGUUGAUGGGCUGUUGGUAAUGAGAAAAAUUGAAAAUGUGCCCACAGGACCAAAUAACAAACCCAAGCUGCCAGUUGUGAUCUCUCAGUGCGGGGAGAUGUAAAGCAGUGGAGUAGGAACGGGUGCUCCCUUGUGGGUGGAUUGGCCUUUGCCAGCUCCAUGCAGCUCCAGCUCCAGCCAGUUCCCCUGCUGCUCCAGUCCUCCUCACAGACUCCUGAAAUCAUGAAAUAAUUGGCAUAUAUCAUUUUUUUUUUAAGUAUGUUGAAAUGUAAAUAAAGGAUUUUGUUAAAUA